UCCCUCCCUCCCUCUCUCCCUCCCUCCUCCUCUGUCGCCCUCGGGGCUUGGGCCGCCAUGCCGAUCAUCAAGGAGGACCCAUUCCACAGGUAUGACCCGGCGGCCGUCGACUUCGGUAGGAUGAAGGGCGAGGUGACUUCGGCCAUCCAGGACGACUGGAAGCGCGACAAGGUGGACGACGCGAAAAAGCGGGCCAUCACCACGUCGACAUGCUACGACGACUUCAAAUCCCGGGUGGCGGGCUGCACCUUGAAGCCGAUCCACCGCAACGAGUUCAACGCGCCCCCCAAGUUUGCGUUCAACAGGCAGGUCCAGGACGACGGCCCCGCGGCGCUGGUGGCGAGCCUCUCGGGGGCGGCGGCCAGCUCCCAGGUCAGACCUCAGGGGGCCGGUGCAGGUGUCGCUGCCAGACUCGCCACGACGGCCACGGAGCAGGGCGGCGUCGAGAAGCUUAAGAACGCCAGGGAGCUCGAGCGGGAGCACCGG